GUAGAGGGAGCCCGUCUCGCCUCCGCUCCGAUUCCGGCGGCGGCGACUCCACCGGCGGCGAAUCGCCGCCGCCGGCCACCGCCACGCGCCGCUCUUGGAUCAUUCAAUCACCCCCAAGACACCAUUCCAAUCCAGUUCAGUGUUAGUUCGGAAUAGACAUGAACAGUUCUUGGCUUCUUGAUGAUUUGCUCUUAGCUGCUGUUCUAUGCAAUUGUUCAAUAUUUUUUUGUGUGUAUGUGUUUUUUUUAAUUUUUAAUUUGCUGAGGCACAGAAUUUGGAAUUGCUCCAUAAAUGAUUGGAGGAUUUGUUGUGACUUUUCCACAAUGUUUCUUCUCAUCUUGAUUGGUUGCCGUGCACCCCAAGCAGCAAAUUCCAACCCUUGCUUAGAAUUGAUGUGGUCAAUCCAGGCUUCCAGCCGAUUGGUGGAUUAUGGUGUUCUUUAUAUAUCAUGUUUUGGAUACACUCCACGUUGAUCUAGUCUCAUAUGUCAGUGAACUAACAUUUUUUUUGCAAGUUGGUCUGAAGGGAAAGUUCAUGGCUACUGCUCUUUUGCUGUAUGGUUUACAUCCACAUAUUUGAUGGACUCUCUUCCACACUCAAAUUUAAUUUACUAAUUUAGUGAUGUAUAUAUAGGCAGUAGGCACAUAGCAUACUUGAGCAUGUUCUACUUCUUCUAGCCAUUGAUUUGUUCCAGAGAUUUGGAGAUUGUUCAGUUUUUGUUUGGUUUCUUGUAAAUUUAAGUAGCACAGAGUGGAGAUGCAGGAAGGAAGGAAAGGGGUGCCAUCUCUGCUCUCAUCUCAGGGAGAAUGCAUUGCAUCCAACAUCACACAGCUGAUUGGUUGGACACCACUGAUAGAAUUGAAGAAUAUUGCUAAGAAAGAUGGCAUAGCUGCUCGGCUGGUUGGGAAGAUUGAGCCAUACCAACCCCUUUCCUCUGUGAAGGAUCGGAGUGCUCUCAGAUUGAUCGAAGAUGCAGAGGAGAGAGGCUUAAUCUCACCUGGCAUCACAACACUAGCAGGGGUCACAAGCGGCAAUCUUGGUAUCGGAGUGGCGUUUGUUGCUGCUCAGAAAGACCCUGCACUGAAUGGAUUCAAGGGGCUACUUGAUAGAGUUGAACAGCUGAAGAAGGAUAUGGAGAAUGUGUUUGUUAUAGAUCAAUUCACCAAUCCUGCUAAUCCUGAUGCGCACUUCAGAUGGACAGGACCUGAAAUAUGGAAAGAUACAGCAGGCAAAGUGGAUAUAUUUGUAGCUGCAUCUGGUUCAGGAGGCACAGUGACAGGCGUAGGGAGGUAUCUCAAGAUGAAGAAUCCAUCCAUAAAGCUGAUAUGUGUUGAACCAGCUGAAAGUGCAGUAAUUUCAGGAGGUGAACCAGCAUUCCAUAACAUCCAAGGCAUAGGUCCAGGAUUUAUCCCAGAAAUAUUGGACAGAUCACAAAUAGAUGAGAUAGUAACAGUGACCACUCAAGAAGCUAUGGACAUGGCAAGAAGGUUGGCAAGGGAAGAAGGAUUGCUCGUUGGAAUAUCUUCAGGAGCCAACGCAGCUGCCAUCUUGAAGGUUGCAGCAAGGGAGGAGAACAAGGGAAAGAUGAUCGUGACGAUGUUCUCCAGUGGUGGGGAGAGAUACCUGAAUUCGGAGCUAUUUGCGCAGGUGAAGGAGGAAUGCAUCAACAUCAACAAGGCAUUCUGCUGACAUGUGUAGGGGUGAUCAUGCAGUGUAAUCUUCAAGGCUUCAUUCUUGGUGGUUGUUCUACUCUAAUAUUGUAAGAAGCUUCUGUACAUUGGUGUUAUUACUCUUAGAUUAGAAUCAAUUGUAUGGAUGUUCAGAUAUGCAAAAUGUUACCUGUUCCUUGCUGAA